AUGUCAAAAAGCUGGCACUUAGACAUUUGGCCCAUCUUGACCAAAGUCUCAUGCUCUUUGACAUGUUUUGCAUGUGGUACAAUUGCGAUUUCGUUGAUCUGUCUGGACAAAGAAACGCAAGCGUUAAAUCAUGCAUCUUUGAUACUCCAAAUAUGUGGGCUUUUCGUAGCCGCGAUCAUAGAAAUUCCUUUGACGUUGGAAUUUUGGCACCUACAAAAAAUAUCGUAUUUGGCCAUUUUACUCCGUAUGGUGACAUAUGCGUCUGCAGUAUGGUAUUGGGUGGAUUUGGUAAACAAUAUGCCCGUCGAGAUUUCGACAAUUUUGCGCCGUCUGGUAACGGCGCAUUUAGCACUUUUAUUGGCCGUGAUGGGCUGCUGCGGAGCCUCGUUGACGAGUGGGCAUGUAAAACGUUGUAAGAAGGAUGAAAAUGUGCAAGAUGAGGAGUUGGCUGAUGAUCACUUUGUAGCCACAGAUGACAAUUUUGAAAAACAGCCGAAAGGAAUUGCUUUGAAGAACUCUGCGCAGACUUUGACACCAGCACAGGAAAAUGUAAUCUUGGCGCAUUUGCCACAACCAAACUGGAUGAAUAAUUCUCCUGCUACUUACUCAAGCUCAGACACCUAUUCCACUCCGUCCGUGAAAAGGCAUGCCAUAGACACGGAAGCUUUCGGCAGAACCUCUUUGAGCCCACAAGGAUGCGAGAUCGGAAAACCUAAGCAUAUUAACGGGAUAAAUAAAAGCCCAAAACUAAACCUUUUAACGAAAAUUCGCCACAAGCGAAGCUUGAAGAGAGCGAAAACCGUUCAAGACCAACCUCGCGAAAGCGACAGCUCUGGUGCACAUUACGUGACAAGGCUUUCUACUAUCCAUGACACUUCAAGAAGUCUCGUGAAUGUUUUUGGCGGACCCCAAAAUAGAGACUCCCUUCAGCCAAGCGCCGAGUCAGUUCUGAUGCUCGACCAUCAGUCCAAUCAGGAACGCGAACAGAAAGACGAGACCGCUAUUACUAUCGAGAAAAAUGCUCUUGAACGUUUAAAUAGCGCACUUUUGCCGCCAUCUCUGAGAACGCAUGCAUUUACUGAAUCUGAACAAGCGCCAGAGCUAGAACAACCAAGCGACGAUCACGCAAACCUUCCAAAUCUGUUUGCCAACGACUUACAAAAGAUUCCCGAGAUGUUCCAGAAUGAUGGUAUAAAUAAUCUUGGAGAUCCUGCUAUUAUUCUUCCUAGAACAGUUACACUUGAUGAUUGGAAAACCCAAAAAUCUCUUUUAUUGGACCGCGAGCGACAUAUUGCGCAAAGCGGCGAUCAACUUUUGCCCGGUCUUGACUUCAAAGUAAAUGAUUCCCGAGAUCAGGAGAAGGCCUUUAGUUUUCCUGAUUCUUACUCGAUGAAGUUCAAGAGUAUUUUCCCGCAAUUAGAACCAGAUACGAUAGAACAGCUCGACGAUCUUUUUAAGAGUCAGCAAAGUGAGAGCAAAAAAGUACGGUUGAUGAAAGAAAGAUUGUUACUAGAGGAUGUUUUGCGCCAGGACAAUGGUUCGGAAACUGUUCUCAAAUUAUCGAAGGAGAGCACUUUCCCAUCAGGUCCACAUUCGCCAACAAAAUCAAUUGCAUCUUCAAAUACUGCCGCAACGCCUCACAAAUCACCUUCAAGACUGGGUUCAAUCCUGUUAAAUUCUGCCAGUUCUUUUACUAGCAACCACGCAUUACAUUCGAGAUCCAAUUCUCAGCUGAGUGGUAAUGCCUAUAGCUUGUCAAAUCAGGGAUCUCCUGUCAAGAGUCUUCGUUUCAGGAGAAGCUUGAGCAAAAAACUCUCUUUAUCGAGCAUAUCUACUCGUCAUGACGAUUUCGUGGGCUCUUUGGCCGACGAGUAUUAUUAUGGACGUGGUCAUGGACGAGGCAAAAGUAUCGAUUUUAGCUACGUGCACAGCUUACAAAGUAAGCAUUCCCCAUCCAAAUCUACUUCUUUGUCGGGAAGACGAAACAGUAUGUUCAUCUUGGGUGACAGGGCUCCCCCAGCAAUAAACAUGUUACGAGAAAACUUCACAAACGCUGGUAGGGCACCAUUUACUUCUGAAAACACAACUACUACUUCUGCUCAAGAUGUGACAAUUCUAGAGGACGAAUCUGACGAAUCAAACUGCUCGAAGGGAAGCGGUGUUAAUUAUCCAAGUGUGAUUAAGAGCGAAUAUGAUCGCGAAAAGUGGUCAACACUUAUGAGUCUCGAUAUGAUUCAUCCGGUGUGA